UGCUCAUCAUUGCCACUCUCAUAGUGUGAUUGUUAUGUGAUCUUGGCUGGUCCGAGAGCGAUGGUGAAAAAGAACAUUGUCGAGAGAGAGUGGGUGGCGAUAGCAGUGGUGGCAUAUCUGCUCAUCAUGAUGGAUCUAUUGCCUUCACCAACGAGUGCCUCUUUGCUUCCUGCUCAACAUGUUCCCGAUGCCCCUGGUGUAAGCGAAGAAGGCAAGAUGGGAUCCCCAAGAAAAGCAUUAGGUGGUGGGUUCAAACUCAAGGAGGCAAUUGGUCUUGAUACCUACGUUGAUUUUGGGAAGAAGAAGAGAAGGAAAGCGAUGGAGUCGUGUAGCUUGAAGGCGAGUCCCAACAAGUCUCUGCCCUCACCUAAUCAUAAUUUUCGCCACUCCCAGGUUUGGCACGGAAUAAAUGCAUAA